AGUUUAAACCAGUUUGUCUCUGCGAGAAGAGAUGGAUGAGUUCGACAUGGAAGAACUCAACGAGACGUUCGCAGAAAGCGGGUUUUUGAAUGUUUUUUUAAAUACAAGUAAUGUUUCGACGAAUUUUAACGAUAGUUCGUUAUCGAAUGUAAACGACAAUUAUUUCGAAGAAUUUGGAGAAGAUAUACUAUUGCCUAAAUGGAUUAUUGGUUUAUAUUUUUCUUUUGUUUUGAUUGGUACUGGGAUGGAUUUAGUUUAUGUUUUGGCACUUUUGAAAAAUAAAAGAAACGGUACGUUCUCGUUGAUACUCCAACUAACGCUUAUAGACGCCGUCAGUCCGUUUUUAGCGACAAUCGAGAUUUUGACAAUCAAUGAUCGUACAUGGACGUUUUCACCUAAAACAUGCCCGAUAUAUAACGGCACUGAAAUUCUAUUGAAUUCUUUACAACUUUGGAUAAUAAUAUGCAUGAAUUUUCACGUAAUAUCGUUAUGGAAUCUACUUAAAAACGAAUCUCAAAAGAAAACGAAGAAUCCUUUGAUCUCCUGCGACGACGAAUCCAACGAAUGUUUGGUUACCAAAAGGGAAAAUACGAGGGUGAUGUGUAUAGAUUAUAGAAGAAGAAGAGAUGACGUAUCGGUUGCGAUACCGAGUAUUUUAAUAUGGUUGUUUUGUACGUCUUUAAGUAUUCCGAGUUUUACGUUUUCGUCCAUUUUGAAAUUGAAACAGAAUUUCGUUGUGUGCGCUCUUGUCGAUAAAUAUUACGAUCACAUGUUUCAAAUUUUGUUACUAGUUUUUCGAGUGUUACUACCAGUGCCGCUACUUUUGUUUUCUUUGAUAUUUCUGAUCGUUAAGUUAUCGAAAACUUCGUUGAAAGAUAUCAAACAUAUUCUAACCAAAGAUUUCGCCGAACUUAGAAUAUUAUUAAUAUUUUGCGUUUGUUUAACUAUUUUAUAUCUGUGCACGUCUUUCCAAAGGAAUUUAUUUCAGUUUUUACACGUCAAUUCUCACGUUUUAUACGAUUUAUCGGAGAAUUUUAAGGUGCCCCCCCUGUAUAAUAACCACCUCAAUAUUACUAGCAAUAUGAGUUUAACGAUGCUUCAUUAUAGUUGUAAUACUUUGAGAGCGGUGUUGCUACUUUAUCUUUUACCAGAUUUCAAAAAUUUGGUUAAAAAAUCUGUUUUUGGUUGUAAAAAACGUUAAUUAAAUAAACUCUAGUUAUAGAGGGCGUGCUAUUUUUCAUCAAUUUUGUCGUCAUUUUCAAAGAUUCCAUCAAAUUCUUCUGUACAUACAUUUUUUUUUCCAAUAUCUGAUGUAAUAUACAAGGUGUUUCUAAAUUCGAGGGACGAACUUCAGGAAAUGAUUACUCCUAUGAAAUUAAGGUGGGGUUUAAUUCGUUCCGCCCCUUUCCGAGAUACCACCCUUAAAAUAUGGCGACUGAAAUUGAGUUUGGAUUAUUAGGUAUUAUUAGAUGUUGCCAGUUCGGUCUAUAAAUACAAAUGACUUUUAACGAUGUUUAUAUGAUCUAAAUUUUGAAUCUUUUUAAUAAAUAAUAGAGUUUUAAUAAAAAUAUAACCUGACGUUAAUAACUUUAAUUAUAUGAAUUAAUAAGUGAUUUUCAAUUUAAAAGAAGUAUUUAUAUAAAAAAUGACUGAAUCAAAGUUAAUUUUAAGAAAUAGGCAACACUGUAGACACAAGUCCGCAGAAUUGGAAACUAAAGCGACAGAGACAUCUGUUGAUUUUAUUUAUCACUAUACGUUGGGCAAAUUUCUACAGGAGUGUUGACGUCACAAUCGUCAUAGUUAGGGCAGGUCAGGGAUCACUUUCCGAACAAACAGUGUUGACGAUCUUAUUUCGUAUUUUCUUUGAUGAAUUUUGCAUAAAAUUACCUCGUCAGUAUUACUAAUUACGUUAUUUAUUAUUUUCGAAAUAUAUUCACGUUCUUAUACUGUUAAUUAGGGAUAUUAAAUUUAUGUUUAACAUUAAUAGGUUAUGGCUUAGAAUCAAAUCUUCACUGUAAUGUUUACAGUAUGGAACAAAAUAAAUCACCAUCUCGUACAACAAAAAAACUGAUGAAAUAAUUUUAUAGAACACAAACUUUGUUUGGAAAGUGAAUUAUGACGAUGGCGGACGUGACGUCACGUACCGGUUGUCUAUCGCAGACACGUAACAGCGCGGUGUUGUCAUAUGUUUCGUGAAAAAAUCUUUGUAAAAUAUAAUUUUUUUUCGAUAUUUGAUUGUUUUAUUUCGAAUAAUAGAUUUCUAUUGCGAAUUUGUAAGGAAAUAUAUAAACAAAAUUAUGUUUUUUCGUAAGUUUUGAAAUAAUUGUUAAUUAAAAUGAACUUACCUUCAUUGAUGAAUGUCUGGAUAACAUCACUGCCAUUUUUUAAUAAGAACUUUCGAAAAUGUGAAAUUAGGAAUUAAAAAGAGGGUUUUUUAUAAAAAUUGUUUUUAUUUAAAAAGAAAAAUAGAUUUAAGCGUUAUUGUUAUUUGUUUGUAAAGGCAUUUUAACCACGAACUUUAUAAAAUGACUUAUGAUAAUAAUAUGGCGGACGUGACGUCACAUUCCGGUUGUCUAUUACAGACACGUAAUAACGCGGUGUUGUCAUAUGUUGCUUGAAAAAAUCUUUAUGAAAUAUAAUUUUUUUUUCGA